AUGUCUGAACAGAGCACAUCCACGAAGAGCCAUCCUUCCUACCAAGCCCUGUCCUCCCUGCUCGACAAAUAUCCUAGAGCUGCUGGCGCGUUAUUUCAGACCUAUAACGACCUUCUAUACGCCCAGCAAUGGACCGAUCUCGAAGUGCUUGAGUUGAAGACAUGUUCUCGAGGCGCUCUGCGAGGACGCAGACCCAGGGCGGACCCACUGCUAUGUGUCGUUCCCUGUUUGCUCUCAGAGUCCCUGUCAAUAUCAUGGCUGCAAAGUGCGUUUGAAGAGCUCGGACAGCCAUCCGAGAUUUAUCUGGGGAUCAAUGCGCAAGACUCUUCUGUCGUAUACUACAAACUCAGUCCGGGAAUUGUCAAGCCUGCCGUUUAA